GUGAUGAUUUUUCCAUUAUCCAACAAGAAAUAUUCAUGGUGAAGGAAUGCACCCACCAGAACAUUGUGGCCUACUUUGGGAGCUACCUAUGCAGGGAGAAAUUAUGGAUCUGCAUGGAAUAUUGUGGCGGUGGCUCCCUUCAAGACAUCUAUCAUGUGACUGGUCCCCUGACAGAGCUCCAGAUAGCUUAUGUGUGCAGGGAAACAUUGCAGGGCCUGGGAUAUUUGCACACGAAGGGUAAAAUGCAUCGUGACAUAAAGGGUGCCAAUAUCUUGCUAACAGACAGUGGGGAUGUGAAGUUGGCUGAUUUUGGAGUGGCAGCAAAAAUUACUGCUACAAUUGCCAAGAGGAAAUCAUUCAUAGGAACUCCUUACUGGAUGGCCCCUGAAGUGGCAGCUGUAGAGAAAAAUGGAGGCUAUAAUCAGCUCUGUGACAUCUGGGCAGUGGGCAUUACCUCCAUUGAAAUGGCUGAGCUGCAGCCCCCCAUGUUUGAUCUGCACCCCAUGAGGGCUUUGUUUUUAAUGUCAAAGAGUAGCUUCCAGCCUCCCAAGCUAAAAGACAAAAAUAAAUGGUCAGCGUCUUUCCAUAAUUUUGUGAAGUACUGUCUGAUCAAGAACCCGAAAAAAAGGCCAACUGCAGAAAAGCUCCUGACGCAUGUCUUUGUCGCCCAAAUGGGGCUGACUAGGAGACUAGCUAUGGAGCUUUUGGAUAAAAUGAAUGACCCAGAAAGUCAUCCACAUUUCAGUGAGGUGGAUGAUGAUGAUCUAGAGCCUCCCUCUAGAGUGAGGCUAACAAUCCGGUCCACCAGCAAAAUCUGUAGAGCAGAAAGAACACGCUCUGAAAUCGACUUUGACAAAAUGAAGUUUGAACCCCCACUCCAAAAAGAAACUGAGGCUCAUGCUGAAAUGGACAUUACCAAAGAAAAUGACUUCCCUUCCCAGUGGAAUCCCUUUGCUGAAGGUGGAAUAAACAUGAAGGGACACACUGCCUAUCUUGAGGAUGCCUUUGAUGAGGUGGAGCUCUCUACCCUGAAACAAGGAGUUCCACCUCCUCUUCCUCCCAAGCCAAGGUUGAACAUCUGCUCUGACGACAUGAACCUUAAAGAAGAAAGGUGCCUGACUGUGCGCCGGGUGCCUAGCUGUGAGUCCAGCCCCAUCUCAGGCUUACGCAGACCAAGCACAUCAGAAUCGGGUGGCAGGGCAGACCAAUGCCCUCUUGACUGCUUCUCUGCAAGUGUUAGUAGUCCAGGCCUGGUGGCCCACUCAUCUGACCUUGAUCAUGAAUAUUUGGAUACUUCUAUGAGAGGAGAUGAUUGUAAACAGCCUCCUGCGCCACCACAGAGGAAGGAGAAGAAAGAGUUCCCCAAGCCUGUUAUUAAUGGCCUUCCUCCAACACCGAAAGUUCUGAUGGGUGCUUGCUUUUCCAAAGUCUUUGAUGGCUGUCCAUUGAAAAUUAACUGUGCCACAUCAUGGAUUCACCCUGAUACAAAAGACCAAUACCUUAUUUUUGGGACUGAAGAUGGAAUUUACACACUGAACUUAAAUGAGUUGCAUGAAGCCACAAUGGAGCAGCUGUUUCCAAGGAGAUGCACCUGGCUUUAUAUUAUCAACAAUAACCUGAUGUCUUUAUCAGAAGGAAAGACCUUUCAGCUAUAUUCCCAUAACCUUGUUGGACUCUUUGAACAACUGAGAAAGCCAGGCUUAGCGGCACAAUUUCAAACUCAUCGCCUUCCAGACAAGAUCUUGCCCAGGAGGUUUGCCUUGACAACCAAAAUUCCUGAUACAAAGGGCUGUCAUAAGUGCUGUAUUGUGAGAAAUCCCUACACAGGACACAAGUACCUGUGUGGGGCCCUGCAAUCUGGGAUAGUCCUGCUCCAGUGGUACGAGCCCAUGCAGAGGUUCAUGCUUAUAAAGCAUUUUGAUUUUCCACUGCCCAGCCCUCUUAAAGUAUUUGAGAUGCUAGUGGUUCCAGAGCAAGACUACCCACUGGUAUGCGUCGCUAUUAGCCAAGGCAGUGAGCCUGGUCAGGUGGUUCGCUUUGAAACCAUCAACCUUAACUCCUCUUCAUCCUGGUUUACAGAGAUGGGAUCAGGUGGACAUCAAGUGGAUGCAAUCCACGUAACUCAACUUGAGAGAGACACUGUUCUGGUUUGUUUGGACAACAAUUUGAAAAUAGUUAAUCUGCAGGGGAAGCUGAAAUCAAACAAAAAGCUUGCCUCUGAACUGAGCUUUGAUUUCUGCAUUGGUUCUGUUGUAUGCCUUCAGGAUAGUGUGUUGGCUUUCUGGAAACAUGGCAUGCAGGGAAAGAGCUUCAAAUCUAAUGAGGUAACCCAGGAGAUUUCUGAUCAAAGUAGGGUGUUCCGAUUGCUGGGAUCUGACAGGGUGGUGGUCCUGGAAAGUCGGCCAACAGACAACCCCACAGCUCUGAGCAACCUUUAUAUACUCGCUGGCCAUGAAAACAGUUAUUAGUAAAACUUCCUGCUUCCACUAAGAAGAUUGUUGGUGGUGGCAGCAGAACAUGGGGCCUUCAUUUUGUUAGGAGAUGCCGAGUAAAACUUAGUGUUUUACAUAGAUGUUCUGUAAACACAUACAUAUGCCCCUUUUCAUUCGUGCACAUAGGGCAGCCUUUGACUACAGGGUGACAGGUGUGAUGUGUCAGUUCUGAGGCAGCUUUAGGUAGUUUGUGGGCCAUUGUGUGAAUUUCAGUACCUAAUCAAUUCCCACACAGCCAUACACAUUUAAAAAUAAGCCCAUGCUGGAAUAAAUGGUAAGUAAAAUAUAUAAACAGGUUUGCAUAUGUGCCAUAUAUUCUAUGCUCAUUAAAGUGAGAUUGGCAUUUGAAAAAUGUGUCUUAGAAAAACAGUACAUCCAACGAUGUUAAUCUGAAUUAGAAACAAAAAAAAAAUGAAAUAAUAUUAAUUUUAUAAUACAUGGUUCAACUGGCUAAUGUAAAUUAUUUAUUGAAUUACAAGUGUAUUUACUUUAACAGUGUUAAACUUGACAGUGUUUUGGGAGACAGAUGGCACAGCUUCUCUGGGAUUGAAAUACUUAUCAAAAGUUGAAAUACUUAUCAAAAGUUUCCUGAGGAGCUUUGCAUUAUGUAUGGCUUUUGUAAUAUAGAACUGCUUCACUCUUCUUGAUUGUCUUUACUUUGAGUAUUUGAAUAUAGUAUAAAUUAAACUUGUACUGGCUUGUUACAUUUGCUCAGUGUGCAUUAUAUAAGCAGCUUUGUAGAUUUUUGUGAUAUAAAGCUUGGUCUUCA